AUGACAGCCAACCACCCUGAACUUAGUCCAACUCAAAACGCCAUCCGCAUCGCCGUUCAAAAGGAAAUCGUUCCUAUCAUCCAAGGAAGCCUUGUCUCCGCUUUGGAAAUAGAUGACCUAACGAAAUGCGAAGAGUACGGAAUCGAGGUUUUAGACCCGAGUACAAUUAUCGUCUGCGUUGAUGAGGAAGAAGAGGCGGACGGAUCGACGUGGUGGAAAGUUGGGUUCAAGCAUGUGCCACGGAUAGAGGUAGGCGAAAAUGAGGUGGUGGGGGGAGAGGAUGAGGAGAAGAAUGGGGAGAAGGAAUAG